GCCGGACUGGCGGCUUUUUGUAAAGAUCCCAGGCACGCUUUAGAUCUCUUAAGCAGGAGCACGUUUCUUUUUCAGUCUUUACAUUCAUGCAUUUCCCCUCCCCUUCUCUAUCCAGUUUGUUUCUUUUUUGGGGUCCCAGCAUUACGCCGCAGCUCAAACAAAAUUUUUUUUUUUUUGCAAGCAUUUUUCACCGUACGCUUACCAGAUUUAUGAACAACUGAAAGGAGCCCGAGUUAUAAAGUGAACGCUAAUCGGGUCAACAGACUGUGAAGUUAUUCAUUUUAAAACAAAACGUGACCUGGAAAUCCUUCAACAAGCCCAGGAGCUGGUGUAUUCCCGGGAUGGGGAUACAGUGCUGUUGGAAAUUUCUGCUGGGAUGUAUAGCGAUAGCAGGCAUCGUGGUGGAAAAAGUGGCUGGACAGCAAUAUCCAAGAAACUUUGAAGCACAACGAUUCAAUCCAAAUGAAAUGAGGGAAGCAGCCAAAGUGAGGAGAAGAGGACAGCAUGAUAUGUUGAGAGGGCCAAAUGUCUGUGGAUCUCGAUUUCACUCUUACUGCUGCCCGGGAUGGAAAACAUUACCUGGAGGAAACCAGUGCAUUGUCCCUAUUUGUCGAAACACCUGUGGUGAUGGAUUCUGUUCACGUCCCAACAUGUGCACCUGCUCCAAUGGACAAAUCUCACCCAACUGUGGAACUAAAUCUCUUCAACAGUGCAAUAUCAGAUGCAUGAAUGGAGGCAAUUGUGCUGAAGACCAUUGCCAGUGCCAGAAAGGAUACACAGGAACGCACUGUGGACAGCCUGUCUGUGAAAAUGGUUGCCAGAACGGUGGUCGUUGUAUUGGACCUAAUCGUUGUGCAUGUGUGUAUGGAUUUACUGGUCCCCAAUGUGAAAGAGAUUACCGUACUGGUCCUUGCUUUACCCAAGUGAGUAAUGAGAUGUGCCAAGGACAGAUCAGUGGCAUCGUCUGCACCAAAACACUUUGCUGUGCUACUGUCGGCCGUGCAUGGGGCCAUCCAUGUGAAAUUUGCCCUGCUCAGCCCCACCCCUGUCGCCGUGGCUUCAUUCCCAAUAUCCGCUCUGGUGCUUGCCAAGAUGUUGAUGAAUGUCAGGCAAUCCCAGGCAUGUGUCAAGGUGGAAACUGUGUCAACACUGUUGGCUCCUAUGAAUGCAAAUGUCCUGCUGGUCACAAACAGAGUGAAAUAUCUCAGAAAUGUGAAGAUAUCGAUGAAUGUAGAACCAUCUUUGGUGCUUGUGACGGAGGCGAAUGCACUAACACUGUUGGCAGCUAUUACUGUACCUGUCCCCGUGGUUAUGUAACAUCUGCAGAUGGUUCUCGGUGCAUCGAUCAGAGAGCUGGUACCUGCUUUUUCAGCCUGGCAAAUGGCCGCUGUGCUCAGGAGCUGACUGGACGUUACACCAAGAUGCAGUGUUGUUGUGAAUCUGGACGCUGUUGGGCCCUUGGUUCUGUUCCAGAGAUGUGUCCAAUCAGAGGUUCAGAUGAAUAUCGUAGCCUGUGCAUUGAGGGAGUUCCUGUUGUACAAGGUAUUCCACACCAUGGUCCGAAUUCUAGACAAGGAUUUGACACUUCAGGUUUACCCAGAUUUGAUUUUGGUGGAGGAGGAUUUGGAUCCCGUGAUCCUGCAGUCAGACCUGCCACUGCUGAUGGUGGAGGUGGGGGCGGUAUCUUUAAUGGACAACGUAGAGUUCCAGGGAUUGGCACUGUUUCCAUCAAUGAAACAAAUGUAGAUGUCUGUAAGCACUUCACCAAUCUUUGCCUGAAUGGACGCUGCAUCCCUACACCCACAAGUUACCGAUGUGAAUGUAAUAUGGGUUUCAAGCAAGAUUUACGCAGAGAGUGUGUUGAUGUUGAUGAGUGUGCAUCAAGCCCCUGUACAAAUGGUGACUGCAUUAACACUCCAGGUUCCUACCAUUGUAAAUGCCAUACCGGUUUCCAGGGCACCCCCACAAAGCAAGCCUGCAUUGAUAUUGAUGAGUGUAUUCAGAAUGGACUUCUUUGUAAAAAUGGUCGUUGUGUGAAUACCGAUGGCAGCUUCCAGUGUAUUUGUAAUGCUGGGUUUGAACUGACUCCAGAUGGAAAGAAUUGCAUUGACCACGAUGAGUGUGCCACUACCAACAUGUGCCUGAAUGGCAUGUGCAUCAAUGAGGAUGGAAGCUUCAAGUGUAUCUGCAAGCCUGGCUUUGUGCUUGCACCCAAUGGUCGAUACUGCAUCGACACUGAUGAAUGCCAGACACCAGGAAUCUGUAUGAAUGGUCGUUGCAUCAACACUGAAGGCUCUUUCAGGUGUGAGUGCCCUCCAGGCCUCGCUGUUGGUGUGGAUGGGCGGGUUUGUGUCGACACCCAUAUGCGCAGCACAUGCUAUGGAGGAAUUAAGAAGGGACUGUGUGUCCGUGCAUUCCAUGGGGCAGUGACAAAGUCAGAGUGCUGCUGUGCAAGUCCAGAUAAUGGGUUUGGAGAGCCAUGCCAGCCUUGUCCAGCGAAAAACUCAGCUGAAUUCCAGGCCCUGUGUAGCAGUGGAAUUGGUAUCACGGCUGAUGGACGAGAUAUUAAUGAAUGCGCCCUGGAUCCAGAAAUUUGCCCCAAUGGAAUAUGUGAAAAUCUUCGGGCCAGCUACCGCUGUAUCUGUAACAUUGGCUAUGAGUCUGACCUAAGUGGGAAGAAUUGUGUGGACAUUGAUGAAUGUGCUGUUAACAGGCUCCUAUGUGAUAAUGGGCUUUGUCGGAACACACCUGGCAGCUACACCUGCAGCUGCCCAAAGGGCUACCUCUUCAAACCAGACUCUGAGAUGUGUGAAGAUGUUAAUGAAUGUGAGAACAGCCCUUGCGUUAAUGGGGAGUGCAGGAACACAGUAGGUUCAUUUUCAUGUGAAUGCUCUACUGGUAGCAAACUGGAUUCGAGCAGAACUGUCUGCAUUGACAGCGUGAAAGGAACUUGCUGGUUAAACAUCCAGAACAGCCGCUGUGAAGUGAACAUCAAUGGAGCUACACUGAAGUCAGAAUGCUGUGCUACUCUGGGGGCUGCAUGGGGCAGCCCUUGUGAACGCUGCGAACUAGAUACCACCUGCCCAAGAGGAUAUGCAAGAGUUAAGGGCAUAGCCUGUGAAGAUGUGAAUGAAUGCACAGUCUUUCCUGGCAUUUGCCCAAAUGGGCGAUGUGUGAAUACUCAAGGAUCCUUCCAAUGUGAGUGUCCUGAAGGGCUGACCAGAGAUGGAACAGGGCGAAUUUGUGUGGAUAUCCGUCUUGAGCAGUGUUACCUCAAGUGGGAUGAAGAUGAAUGUGCUGAACCAGUUGCUGGAAGAUUUCGAAUGGACGCCUGCUGUUGUUCAAUUGGAUCUGCCUGGGGAUUGGAUUGUGAUGAGUGCCCCAGGCCUGGAACAAAGGAAUAUGAGCUACUUUGUCCCAGGGGCCCAGGAUUUGCCAACAGAGGCGAUAUUCUAACAGGCAGACCAUUCUAUAAAGACAUCAAUGAAUGUAAAGUGUUUCAAAACCUCUGCAGUAAUGGGAAGUGCAGGAACACCAUUGGCAGCUUUAGGUGUAGAUGCGACAGUGGAUUUGCCCUGGACAUGGAAGAAAGGAACUGCACAGACAUUGAUGAAUGCCGCAUCUCUCCUGACCUCUGUGGAAAUGGAACUUGUGUCAAUACCCCUGGCAGCUUUGAGUGUGAAUGUUUUGAAGGCUUCGAGAGUGGAUUUAUGAUGAUGAAAAAUUGCAUGGAUAUUGAUGAAUGUGAGAGGGAUCCUCUUCUGUGCCGAGGUGGAACUUGUGUAAACACAGAAGGCAGCUACAGGUGUAUAUGCCCUCCAGGACAUGAGCUUACUCCAGAUGGUAGUGCCUGUGUUGAUAUCAAUGAGUGCUCCCUCAGUGAUAAUCUCUGCCGACAUGGCAAGUGUGUAAAUAUGAUUGGAACUUACCAAUGUGCUUGCAACUCUGGAUACCAGGCUACUCCUGACAGGCAAGGCUGCGUUGAUAUUGAUGAAUGUACCAUCAUGGGUGGAGGCUGUGACACGCACUGUACAAAUUCAGAAGGCAGCUAUGAAUGCAGUUGCAUUGAAGGCUAUGCUCUUAUGCCUGAUAAGAGAACCUGUGCAGACAUUGAUGAAUGUGAGGAUAAUCCUGAUAUCUGUGAUGGUGGACAGUGCACUAACAUCCCUGGGGAGUACCGUUGUCUGUGCUUUGAUGGAUUCAUGGCUUCUAUGGACAUGAGGACCUGCAUUGAUGUGAAUGAAUGUGACUUGAAUCCUAACAUCUGUCUCUAUGGCGAUUGUGAAAAUACCAAAGGUUCCUUUAUCUGCCAUUGCCAACUGGGAUAUUCGGUGAAGAAGGGAACAACUGGGUGUUCAGACGUUGAUGAGUGUGAAAUUGGAGCCCACAACUGUGAUAUGCAUGCUUCAUGUGUCAAUAUCCCAGGAAGCUUCCAGUGCAGCUGCCGUGAGGGAUGGGUUGGUGAUGGCACCUUAUGUGUAGACCAUGACGAGUGCACCAAUGAAACACAUCAUUGUAAUCUUAAUGCCAAAUGUAUGAAUACACCUGGAUCGUAUCGUUGCCUCUGCUCUGAAGGCUUCAGUGGAGAUGGUUUUACGUGUGCAGAUGUGGAUGAAUGUGCAGAGAAUGUCAACCUGUGUGAGAAUGGCCAGUGCCUCAACACUCCUGGAGGAUACCGAUGUGACUGUGAGAUGGGAUUCACACCAGCUUCUGAUAGCAGAUCCUGUCAAGAUAUUGACGAAUGUUCAUUUCAGAACAUCUGUGUGUUUGGCACCUGCCAGAAUUUGCCGGGUAUGUUCAGGUGUGUCUGCGAUGACGGCUAUGAGCUUGACAGAAGUGGAGGCAACUGUACAGAUGUCAAUGAGUGUGCUGAUCCAGUCAACUGCAUCAAUGGGUUAUGUGUCAAUACACCGGGUGAUUACCUGUGCAACUGUCCUGCUGAUUUUGAGCUUAAUCCAACAGGAAUUGGUUGUGUUGAUACUCGUGUUGGGAACUGCUUCUUGGAAUAUGGCCAGCGAGGUGAUGGAGGCUUGUCCUGCAGUGUCGACAUUGGGGUUGGUGUCACUCGUGCCUCUUGUUGUUGCUCUCUCGGAAGUGCCUGGGGUAACCCUUGUGAAAUCUGUCCUGAUGUCAAUACAACUGAAUACAAGACACUUUGCCCAGGGGGUGAAGGAUUUAGGCCUAACCCCAUCACUGUCAUCUUAGAGGAUAUUGAUGAAUGCCAGGAGCUGCCAGGCCUGUGUCAAGGUGGGAACUGUGUCAACACUUUUGGCAGCUUUCAGUGUGAAUGCCCAGCUGGCUACUACUUAAACGAUGACACCCGGAUCUGUGAAGAUAUUGAUGAAUGUGUCACCUACCCUGGUAUCUGUGGACCUGGGACAUGCUACAACACCUUGGGUAACUACACCUGUGUCUGUCCUCCGGAGUACAUGCAGAUCAAUGGUGGGAACAACUGUAUGGACAUGAGAAAGAGCUUGUGCUAUCGACACUACAACGAGACCUGUGAGAAUGAGCUCUCCUUCAACUUAACCAAAAAAAUGUGCUGUUGUGCGUACAAUAUCGGUAAAGGCUGGAACAAACCUUGUGAACCCUGCCCGACGCCUGCUACAUCUGAAUACCAGUUGCUUUGUGGAAAUCAAGGCCCUGGCUUUACCAUCGACUUUGAAACUGGAAAGCCUAUUGAUAUCGAUGAAUGCAGAAAAAUUCCAGGCAUUUGUGCCAAUGGUGUAUGUAUCAAUCAGAUUGGUAGCUUCCGGUGUGAGUGCCCGAUGGGAUUUAGUUACAAUGACUUGCUUCUCAUCUGUGAAGAUAUUGAUGAAUGCAGUAAUGGUGACAACCUUUGCCAACGUAAUGCAGAUUGCAUUAACAUUCCUGGCAGUUACCGUUGUGAAUGUUCUGCUGGUUAUAAAUUAGCACCGAAUGGAGCUUGCAUUGAUCGCAAUGAGUGCCUGGAAAUUCCAAAUGUCUGUAGCCAUGGUGAUUGUAUUGACCUGAAAGGAAGUUAUCGGUGCACCUGCCACAAUGGCUUCAAGCAGACUCCUGAUCAGACUAUGUGCAUGGAUAUUGAUGAAUGUGAACGGCAGCCUUGUGGAAAUGGAACGUGCAAGAACACUGUGGGAUCUUACAAUUGUCUUUGCUUCCCAGGAUUUGAGAUAACUCACAAUAAUGACUGCAUGGAUAUUGAUGAAUGCACCACUAUGUUUGGCCAAGUCUGCAGAAAUGGACAAUGUUUUAAUAGCAUUGGCUCCUUCCAGUGUUUGUGUCAGGAUGGCUAUGAGCUUACACCUGACAACAAGAACUGCAUAGAUAUCAACGAAUGUUUGUUGGUUCCUGGAUCAUGUGCACCUGGGACCUGCCAGAACCUCGACGGUGCAUACAGAUGUAUCUGUCCUUCAGGAUAUGAAGUGCAGAAUGAAAACUGUAUAGAUAUAAAUGAAUGUGAAGAAGACCCAAAUAUCUGUCUAUUUGGUAAUUGUGAAAACACCGCUGGCAGUUUCCAAUGUGUUUGCCGCCCAGGCUUCAUUCUCUCAGAGAACGGACGUAGAUGCUUCGAUACACGCGAGAGUUUCUGCUUCACCAAGUUUGAAAAUGGGAAGUGUUCAGUGGCGAAACCUUUCAACACAACCAAAGCAAAGUGCUGUUGCAGUAAAAUGCCAGGAGAGGGCUGGGGAGAUCCCUGUGAUCUCUGCCCCAAGGAUGGAGAAGUCGCUUUUCAGGAUCUGUGUCCAUAUGGCCAUGGUACUAUCCCUGGCAUUGGGGAGAGUCGUGAAGAUGUCAAUGAAUGUUUGGAAAACCCUGGAAUAUGUUCAAAUGGCCAUUGCAUCAACACAGAUGGAUCCUUCCGAUGCGAGUGCCCAAUGGGAUACAACCUGGAUUAUAGUGGAGUUAAUUGUGCUGACACUGAUGAAUGCUCCAUUGGUAACCCCUGUGGCAAUGGCACUUGCACCAAUGUAGUUGGUGGAUUUGAAUGCAGUUGUGACGAAGGAUUUGAGCCAGGUCCAAUGAUGACUUGUGAAGACAUAAAUGAGUGUGCCCUGAACCCACUUCUAUGUGCAUUCCGCUGCAUUAACACCUUUGGUUCCUAUGAAUGUACAUGUCCUGCUGGUUACACUUUGAGGGAAGACAGGAAGAUGUGCAGAGACCUCGAUGAAUGUGCUCAGGAGCUCCAAGACUGUGAAUCCAGAGGCAUGAUGUGCAAAAAUCUGAUUGGUACCUUCAUGUGUAUCUGCCCGCCUGGAAUGGUCCGCAGACCUGAUGGAGAUGGUUGUAUGGAUGACAAUGAGUGCUGGAGCAAGCCAGGCAUCUGUGAAAAUGGACGCUGUAUAAAUAUUGUUGGCAGUUACAGAUGUGACUGCAAUGAAGGAUUCCGAGCAACUCCCACAGGCACUGAGUGCAUAGACAAUCGUCAGGCCUUCUGCUUUGCAGAGGUUCUUCAAACCAUGUGUCAAAUGUCUUCCAGCAGUCGCAACCUGGUCACCAAGUCUGAGUGUUGCUGUGAUGGUGGUCGUGGUUGGGGUAACCAGUGUGAUCUCUGCCCACUGCCUGGUACUGGCCAAUACAAAAAGCUAUGUCCACAUGGUCCAGGCUACACAACUGAUGGACAAGACAUUGAUGAAUGUAAGGUGAUGCCUAACCUAUGUCUGAAUGGGCAGUGUAUCAACACACUUGGUUCUUACCGCUGUCUCUGUAAGCUUGGUUACACCACAGAACUUACGGGUACAGCAUGUGUUGAUCUUGAUGAAUGUGCUCAGUCUCCAAAACCAUGCAACUUUAUCUGUAAGAACACAGAAGGGAGCUACCACUGCUCAUGUCCAAGAGGCUACCUCCUGCAGGAGGAUGGAAAGACAUGUAGAGAUCUUGAUGAAUGUUCUACAAAACAGCACAACUGUCAGUUCUUGUGCGUCAACACCAUUGGCGGAUUUACAUGCAAGUGUCCACCUGGAUUCACACAGCAUCACACUGCCUGCAUUGAUAACAAUGAGUGCGCUUCACAGCUUUCACUGUGUGGAUCAAAGGGGCUUUGUCAGAACUCACCUGGAAGUUUCAGCUGUGAAUGUCAGCGAGGAUUUGCCCUUGAUAACACUGGUUUAAACUGUGAGGAUGUAAACGAAUGUGAGGGAAGCCACAGGUGCCAACACGGUUGUCAAAACAUGCUCGGAGGUUACAGGUGCAGCUGUCCUCAAGGCUACAUGCAGCACUAUCAGUGGAACCAGUGCGUUGAUGAGAAUGAAUGCUCCAAUCCAGCUUCUUGUGGAUCUGCAACCUGUUAUAAUACGCUUGGCAGCUACAAAUGUGCCUGUCCUUCUGGCUAUAACUUUGAUGAGUUUGCCAAUAGCUGUCAUGAUGUGAAUGAAUGUUCAUCCUACAAGAAUCCAUGCUCAUAUGGCUGCUCAAACACAGAAGGAGGCUAUCUCUGUGGCUGCCCCCCUGGAUAUUACAGAGUAGGACAAGGCCAUUGUGUCUCUGGCAUGGGAUUCAAUAAAGGCCAGUAUCUGCCUGUUGGUGGAGAUCCUGAUGAUGAAAAUCUUCUGUCACAUGAAACUUGCUAUGAAUGUAAGAUCAAUGGCUACUCCAAAACUGGUGGCAGAAAGAGAAGAAGUGUCAAUGGUACCGAGCCUGAACAGGAUCAACAGAUUAGUUUGGCUAGCCUGGAUAUGGACAACCCAGUCAAAAUGAACCUAACUAUCUUAGAGCUGAACCAUAAGAAGCAUAUUUUAGAACUUGUGCCAGCUAUUGAACCACUCUACAAUCAUGUUCGUUAUGUUAUCUCCUACGGAAAUGACAACAACUACUUCCGUAUCCACCAAAAGGAUGGUUUGAGCUACCUGCACUUGACCAAGAGGAGGCCCCUGGAAGGUACUUACACACUGGAAAUCACCAGUAUUCCUCUGUAUAAGAAAAAAACACUGCAGAAACUGGAAGAUAAAAAAGACAAUGACUACCUCCUCGGUGAGCUGGGAGAAGCACUCAAAAUGAGACUACAGAUCCAGCUUCAUUAAACUAGCUGAGACUUGCAUUGCUUCUAUUCAAAAUUAUUCCUUUAAUUAUCUCCACAAAUAUGUCUGCUUUCAAAAAGCUUUCACAAGUCAAGGGCUGUGAUUCUACAUUAUGGACGUCGUAUCUUCAUGUUCUCGCCAAGACUGCGUGACCCUUCUUUCAAUAAAUGGGUUUUUCCACACUGCCAUGUUAACAGUAUUCCAUAUAACCUCAGUCAUGGUUGCUGUAUAUUUAAUAUCACCUCAGUCGCCUCAGUCAGUGGGCUCAUAUUUUACAUGAGGAUGUGUGCGUGUGUGUGUGUGAGUUGUAAAUGGCUUCUAAUAACGUAGACCAAUAGCAACAUAAUGAGCCAUUUCUCUGGAUUACAGAUAAUAUUAUGUAACUGUUCAUAUAUUAAUAUCAAUAUGCAAUGCUAAGUCAGACUGUACUGUAUAUGAUAGGGCAUUCUCAGAGGAACCAUUUCAAUCACCACAAAUCCUUCCCUUUCAAGUGGUGCAAUAUUUGAUAGAUAACUGGUACUACAACCCAGAACAAAAUGGGUUAUAUUUGUUCACGUGCAUGUUUAAAGACAGCAGUAAAUUUGUACUUUCAUGGUGCUUGUACAGAAAACUGGUGCUAAUGAUAUUUAUUCUAUCAGGGUCAGCGUACUGUACAACCAAAAACUAGAUCUCAUCAGGAAGUAACUGGCAUUGGAAUUUCUGUUUCAGUACAUCAUGAUUUGUGCAGCAUUUUACAUUGUUUUAUGUUUCCAUUUGUAUUUCAUGUAUAAAGGAUAAUGUGUGCACAUUGAAUGCCUGCUAGUUGCUAACUCGAAGAUUGUAAUGUCUUCUUUUUAUAUACUGUACAAAUGUGUUCUAUAUCAGGGGUAUAUUGGUCACCAAUUGGUUCUUGUGAAAAGUACAUGAAAAAAAUCUGGGUUUGUAAAAGUUAGUACCUCCCUGUUUGUAACAACAAGGAAAUGAGCCUAAUUUUAAUACAUAUCUGUUUUGUCUUAAAGAUGCAUUUACAUUGAAGAUUUCUUAGCACAAAAUGGCAUUUUAUUUAGAAGGGAGAAGAAAGAUUUAUAUAAAAUUCUAAAAAAAAAACUGAAAAAGGAACAUUUUGUUACCGGGGUGCUUUAUUCUGUAGAUUUGAGAGCAUCAGUAUGCCAACAACUUUUCUUACAAUAAAGCUUAUUAUUUUGGGUUA